AUGGUGAAAUUUGUUAAAACUGUCAAACGCAUUACGUUCUCAGAUGAAAAAAUUAUAGAAUUAAUUGAAUUAUAUCGGGAAAAUGAAUGUCUUUGGAACAUUAAGUCGGCUGAAUAUAAAAAUAAUAUUAAAAGAAAAGCUGCAAUUACUGAUAUUGCCAAAAAUUUGUUUGUCAAAGAGGAAAUAAUCAAAAAGAAAAUAACUUCAAUACGAUCUACGUACUUGAUGGAAAAAAAGAAAAUUUUGGAUAGCCACAAAACAGGUUCUGGUACAGAUGAUCUCUACUCACCGUUAGUGCCAUUGUAUGAGCAUAUGACGUUUUUAAACGAUGUGAUAAUUGCCCGCAAAACUAAAUCUAAUUUGGAAUCCCAAAUAAUAGAGGAAAAGAAGAAAAUCAACGAGAAUAUGAUAAUAUAUGACAUCAAUCAAAUGAGAAGGAAAAAGAAUAUACUCAAACACAUUAACAAGAGGAGCAGGAGAGAACCAAGAGCAACCAAACCUACCACGAUCAGAAGAUCAGGUAAGAGAAUAUUUAGAUAA